AGAUUGUCAUCCAUUUGUAUUAGGCUUCUGCUGGUGAUUGUUGCAGAACUUGCUGUCCUGUCUUUAUCCUUUUUGCGCAGAGGACGGACUAGAGCCAACUGUAUGUUGUUAACUUGAAUUUGUCUCCUUAGAGAUAAAUGGUCACGCGACCUGAAGAGGAGCGCAUGAGAGUAAAUGAACAACCAACGCAUUUCUACAAUUUAGACCGGCAGGCCUAGGUAAUUAAAUAUCACAAAAUAACAAACAUCUAGUCUAUUGUAACUCUUGUUUUAAUUAGUUUAAUUAUGUUACAUAAGAAAUUAGAAACAGACUAAUUAGCCUACGCAAAACACUGUGCGUGGGAUUUCAGCACCUGGACAGCUCCGUGUAAGCUUUCAGGUGCAAGCGGUGUUGUAGCAAUGCACUUUGGACACUGAAUUUAAUCUAUUGUAGGUAGACACAUAAAGGUCCAGACGUCAUCUCGAUAUCCUGUUUUAACUGAUAUUUGACCAUGUCACAAACUAACGUUCAUUAAUUAAGCUCACAAAACGUACAUUUCUUUGAAUUUCGGUUAAGUCUAUAAACUGGGAUGAACCAGACUUAGCCUAAUAGUCAUACCUUUAAUUACUUUUUUCAAAUUGGCCUACAGUUAGUUGUUUCAUAUUAUAACCAAUGUCUAUGUUCGGCCUAGACGAGGCUAUUUAAAGAGAAUACACAUUUCACUCGAGCCUAAUGAGAAUACACAUUUCACCCGAGCCUAUAGGCUAGCCUAUAUCAGUGAGUCUGGUUUGCUGGGUCCUAUUAGUUAGUAUUCCUGCCCUAUGGGUGUGCAGUGUUGCCAGCCACGUCAGGCCUGUAGCAACUGCUCCGCUCGUCUCUUGUCUCACCAAGGCAAGGUUAGAUACACUCUGGAGAAACUCGAAGAAAAAGACCUUGGGAACAAAAUCGGCAUAUUGGCAACCAGGAAUAGAUUUCCUGUCGGUUUCCAGUGGGUUAGUGAUGAAGCAGGUGUUAGAAUUGCAUUAAGUGACAUUGCUUUUUUAUUUAGACGUUUGGCGACGUUUUUGCGUUUCCAAAAGAGAUGAUUUGCAUACAUUGCUGAAGACCCUACGCAAUCCGUCUUAUUAGUGUUUAAUGGAAACGCGCAAUUAUAAGAAAUGGUUGCAUUUGGUGAAUGCCAGUGAAGGCGAUUGAUUUCCACCGACCAACACGGCGGCGGUGCGCUAGGAAGGACACUUCAGCUAGCUGGAUCCCGGGUCGGGUGUGUACAUAGGCUUCGGUUACCGUAUACUAUCAGCUGUAGUGAAGGUGACUCGCGCCCCUUUUGCAGUCGAGGCAAUGCGGAGAGGAGUCGCGAGCGCUCAUCCGGUACUUCUUGCGCUCAGAGGAAUGCCUGCAAACAUUUUUGCUUUUUCUUAGACUUUCUUAGACUUUUUCUUAGAGAGGGGUAGAGAGAAAAAUAUCGUCUUUUUCUUAAACAGUAGAGAGAGGUAGAGAGAGAGAGAGAGAGAUAGAGAGAGCAAUAAUAAACCACAGAUAACUGUCUCGUCACCAAAAUAGCCUAGCCCACAAACGAAAGAGAGAACAGGAUAUCGGCGAAUAUAGGUGGUGGUGGGGUUUAACGUUCUGUAUUAGAGCUGUUUUAUCACUGGAUGUGUAUGCAUGAGUUCUGCACCGAAUGGGCGCAAGAACCGCCCCAGAUCCGCCGGGAACAUCUUCCAGAUCGGCAAGGCUUCCUACCGAGACCCGGAGAGGAGGGAGAGCACGGAGAGCACACGCAAAGCCCAGCGCGCGGUGACAGACUGUAGAAUGAUCGUCCAGGAGUUUAACACACUUGUGGCCCUGUAUCGUGAACUGGUCAUCUCCAUUGGCGAGAUCUCCGGCGACUGCCCCUCAAUACGGGUCGAGAUGCACAAGACGCGAACUAAAGGCUGUGAGAUGGCAAGAGCUGCACACCAGAGCCUGUCAGUCAUUUCGGGGCCUGAGGACGGAGAGAUCCACCCAGAGAUCUGCAGGCUCUUCAUCCAGCUGCAGUGCUGUCUGGAGAUGUACAUCACGGAGAUGCUCAAGUCUGUCUGUCUGCUGGGGUCCCUGCAGCUCCACAGGAAAGGGAAAGGGAAAGAUUCCUGUGGGCCUUCCAGGAUUGACAGUAAGGUAGAUGAGAGCUCAGACAUACCCAUUCUAGAAGACACCUCCUCCUCCCCAAUGGAUUGUCAUCAGCUCUGCCGGCUAGUCGCCACAGACAUAGACAAUACUGAGAGGGACAUGAGAGAAAUGAAGAACCUUCUCAGUAAACUCAGGGAGACGAUGCCUUUACCACUGAAGAACCAAGAUGACAGCAGCUUGCUGAACCUGACUCCUUACCCACUGGUCGGACAGAGGAAGAGGCGGUUCUUUGGGCUCUGUUGCCUGGUAACCAGCUAAGGGCCCCGCCUUCCUGGGUUGAAGGCGCAACGGUGACACUUUACUUGCAGUGUUGUUCAUGGCACAACCAUAACAGUGUCCAAAGAAAAUCGUAGUGUCAUGAGACAUGCCAAUAUGUGACAAAAUUUUUAUAAAAGCUUAUGUUAACUAGAAUUACUUAUAUUUGCCUGUCAUGACGAAUAUAUUUAUUUGCUUUUGACAUAGUGUCAUAAGAUAUUGACAGUUGUCAUAACAGUGCCACAUAACGGAAAUAGCAUAGUAUGUCAUGUUUUGGAAUGUGUUAUGACACUUUACGAUGCAAUUAUGACACUGUCCUGUAUGUCAUGAACAACACAUCAAGUAAAGCAUUACUAUGGCAACAAAGACACCAUUUACCACAAUCCUUCACCACUUGUGUCUCCCACUGAUCUAUUACUGCCAUUUCCAAUAUACAAUACAUUUCUCUCUUUUGUUAAAAAGGCUACCUACCCCAUUUUAUAAUUUAAUUUUGUAAUACAAAGAUGAAUUGUAAUUGCAAUGUAAUGAAACGAAUAGUCAUAAACAUAUAUUUUAAAUGUAUUACAACUGAUUUUCCUUUUGUCAGAGUUUUUUUUGUUUGUCAGAGGUUUUCGGGAGAGCGAGACCAUUUGAAACAGCAGGCAGGUUUCCAUUGACCCAGGUUUAUUCGACAAAGGCAAAGUCGCAAAAGAAAAUAUUGCGACAUGUGUAAUGGAAAUGGCAGAUAUUGUCCUGACUUUCAAGAAUACCUGAAUUGCUUCGCCUUGCUUUUCUGGUUGGCGGGAAAGUUUCACCAUCCAAUUAUUUCAGAUCUCCAGGAGUGAAAGUUUCACCAUGCAAAUUAUUCAAAUAUGGCAAAUAUUAGUAAAUGAUUGCAUUCUUUUCAUGCUGUCUUUUGCGGGCUACCUGAGACAUGAAACAAAUAGCUGGCAUACAGGCUGUCGCCAAUUUAUUAAUGUGUAAUUUGCCUAAAUGGGUAAUGGAAACACUUCAACCACUACAUUUUAUUCGACACUUUAGGUUUUAACUAAAAAUAUAUAUUUUUUAGGUGUGAUGUCAUUACGCCCAGCUGUUUUUAUCGACACAAGAUAGUUAAAUGGAAACGAAUUGACAAGUUAAUGGAAACAUAGCUACUGUCAACAUUAUUUUCUUCCAUAAAGCUGAAUUGAUGAGUGAAUGGUGUGUGGGACACAAUAUGAUCUGCAAAUUUGUGUCAAAAACAAUGUUACCAAGUACGACACUUGCAGUAUAUAUGGACACACUGCUAGGUAGAAGGUAUUGAGCAGACCAGAGCACAGAAAGUCUGUUGUGUUUCGCUCUCUGUUUUCCAUUUCUUGCCAUCCCUGUACUUCCUGUCCUGACCUUUAUUAAGUCUUCCUUGAACAAAAAACCUGUACCCAACUUUUACUUUCCAUCUUCAAGGAGGAAUACACUAUACAAUACUCCAAAAAAGAUAAACUUCUUUGCACAUGCAAUAUCUAUCUUUAAAUUGAGACCUUAGAAUUGUGUAUAUACAUACUCUCUAAGCGAUGCGCUCUGAAUUAUUUUCCAAGUUGGGAUAGUGUGGUGAAGUCUUGGUUGGCAUAAGCAGGUGGCGUCUCCCUCUGAAAGGCACAGUCAGUGCGGGCAGUGGGGACUCAGCAUGGGUCUUGCUUAUUAAUAAUAGUGCUAAAUGUGUAGGGCAUGGAAAAGGUACAGUACUGUAGUCAAAGCUGAAAUAAAAAGCUAUAUGUUAUUUUACAUUGUUAAUAAACUUUUUUAUUUAAACUGA